UGGGUUUGUAUUAUUUUAGUGUUUACGUGUCUUCUCUCCUGUUUCUUACUGUUAUCCUGCUGUCGUAAUAGCGUAGCUUGUAAAAGGAUAAUGUAGAAGUGCCAAAGUCUAUAUUGAGUCGGUUUUGAAUGAUUACGAGUCUCAAUUUGCUAGCCGCCUUUCUCUUCUUAACCUGCCGCGUGAAGUAGUAAUAUUCAAGAAUCAAGAUUCAGAACCUAUCUAGAAACUUCAGUUGUUUGUACAUAUAAAAACCCUCUUUUCCACUUUCUGUAAUUCUUGAUAGCAGAUUCAGAUUGUUGGUGUACCAAUUGGGUUUUCUUUUUUGAUUGAUUUUGACAGGCCCUUUUUGAUUGAUUGUGUUAGAAAAAGUUCUCUUUUUUUGGCUUAAGGGAGUUGGGAAUUUUGUAGAUAAGUUGACUUUGAUGGGUGGCAAGAGUUCAAGAGAGGAUAGUUGGAGGCAAGCUUCGUCGACUCGAUCUUCUUCUUGGAAUCAAUACGAUUAUCCUCAAACUGCUUAUCCUCAAGAUAGUUACAGUUACUCACAGCAGGCGGCUGUUCCUUCUUAUGCGCCACCACCACCAUCCCAACAGAAUUAUCCUCCUCCACAGCCCCAACACAAUUAUGCUUCUCAUGAACAUGAAUCUCUGCCUCAUGCUCAUGCUCCACGACCAAGGCUUGACCGGAGAUACUCGAGGAUUGCAGACAAUUAUAAUUCCCUGGAUGAGGUGACUGAAGCCCUUGCACGAGCUGGCUUGGAGUCUUCGAAUCUAAUUGUGGGUAUUGAUUUCACCAAGAGCAAUGAAUGGACAGGUAAGAGGUCUUUUGGUAAUCGGAGCCUACAUCACAUUGGGCAGAAUUUGAACCCAUAUGAGCAAGCCAUUUCCAUAAUUGGAAAAACCUUAGCGGCAUUUGAUGAGGAUAACUUGAUUCCUUGUUUUGGAUUCGGAGAUGCAUCAACUCAUGAUCAAGAUGUAUUCAAUUUCUUUCCCGAUGAAAGAUUUUGUAAUGGUUUUGAGGAAGUUCUGUCACGUUACAGAGAAAUUGUCCCCCAGCUGAAGCUUGCAGGACCAACAUCAUUCGCCCCGGUCAUUGAAAUGGCCAUGACAAUAGUUGAACAGAGUGGAGGCCAGUACCAUGUUCUAUUAAUCAUUGCAGAUGGGCAGGUAACUAGAAGUGUUGAUACUGGCCGUGGACAAUUAAGUCCGCAGGAGCAGAAAACGGUGGAUGCAAUCGUACAAGCAAGCAAGUUUCCCUUGUCAAUUAUACUGGUUGGGGUUGGCGAUGGGCCCUGGGAUAUGAUGAAGGAAUUUGAUGAUAAUAUUCCUGCUAGGGACUUCGAUAAUUUCCAGUUCGUCAAUUUCACGGAGAUAAUGGCCAAAAAUGUGCCUCAAUCUCGAAAGGAGACGGAGUUUGCGCUUUCAGCAUUGAUGGAAAUUCCUUCACAAUACAAAGCGACGAUGGAACUUAACUUACUGGGUGGACAAAGUGGAAAAUCUCCCAAUAGGGUAGCUCUUCCUCCUCCUAUGUAUGGAGCAAGUUCUGUCGGUGGCUCAAAGACCUCACGUCCACCGAGUUUUCAGCAGCCUGCAAGCUCGUAUUACGGUUAUGGAAGCCCUGCCGAAGCAGCACCACAUUUUCAGCCGACUUCAAGUUCUUAUUAUGACAGUGCUCGCCCAGUUGACACUGCUCCAUCUGCUCCAAGUUCUCCCUACACUGCUCCCAGUUCUACAUAUGACAAUCAGGUUUGCCCCAUUUGUCUUACUAACCCAAAAGACAUGGCCUUUGGCUGUGGGCAUCAGACAUGUUGCGAGUGUGGGAGAGCGCUUGAGAAUUGCCCAAUAUGUCGAAGUUCAAUUCAAACCAGAAUAAAGCUCUAUUGAGCUUACUUGUUUUUCCCUGAUUCCUUUUCCUGCUCCAACCUGCAAUGCUUUUUGAUCAGUUUGGAUGUGAAACAUGGUGAUGAAGCUGAUUUUUUUAUUUGUUGGAUAUGGCUUUGGCCUUGUGCCGAUGCGAUUUCCUUCUGUACAUGGUUUGGUUCUUGUUUGUGUUUUGCUUUUGCCAAAUUACUUUACUUCCAACAAUAGAAGCUCAAGAUCCCUAGAAUCAGAUUAUUUGUAAAUCAACUGUUUAUUGUGCAGUGUCCUUUAAAGAGUCUUGUGCUGCUACUAGACCUAAUACAUAGAGUGUCAAUAUGUACCGACUAUUUUCCCACCGGAGCAUGUGCAAACGAAGAAAAAUAUGAUUCAGGAACAAGAAUAUAAUAAGAAAGAGCGAGAAGGUGAUUUCUUCUUUCCAUCUGUUUAAGUUUUG